AUGGCGACUAAAGAAGAAGAAGACGGAAUUGGUCAAGCACUGUCUCCAGAUGCUGCAGUGUUUGUCCCCAGACAGUUCUCAAUAGAUGGAACUCUACACAUUGAGCAGAUUCCUACUUAUAUGACUAACUGCUAUCCCUUUGUGCAUGUGGAUUCAGAAAGACAGAGGAAUGUGGGUAGACAUGGAAGAUCACCUCCCCCCUUCUUGGGCCCCACUUCACGACCCAGUAACCCAAGGUUUCUUAGAAGUUACCCAGGUUAUGGAAACAGGAUGCCGGGGCCUCAGAACUUCAAUCCUAGCAUUCCCCCGCCCCUGGAGAAUACCUGGGUGAUGCCCCCUACAUCUGUUCCCCCUAUGAAUUUCUUAAAUUUUCCACCACCAGAUGUACUAUUCAAUCAGGACAAGGAACUGCAGAGGGAUUCACCCAGGAGCCCUGCCAAACCUGCCUGGUCCCCCUGCGAGGGAGAGGGUAAAGCGGGGCACACCGGGAGGCAGGAACAAAGGAGGGGGAGUGGUGGUGAAGGAAAGAGAUGGAACCAGAGAAGUCGAAACAGCUCUGGUAAGAGUAACACCAGUGAUGGUCAGAGAGAGGACUCAAAAGCAGGCACCAGGGGUAAGAAGAGGGAGAGGAUCAAAAGUGGUGGAGCCAGUCAGGAGAAGACAACUCUAAGUCAGCUGUCAGUACAGAUGACGGACACUGCUGUACAGACAGAAUUUUCAGAGAAGUUUGCUAAUCAAACUCUUGCACAAUAUCCGAGUCCUAUAUACAACCCUAACUUAGUCAGCCCCGGUAAGGGUAGGGUGAUUGGGAGCUCAUCUGAGGACUCGGACAGCGGCUAUCAUAGUCCACUCCACAAGAAGAAUCAAGUCACAAGUGGUACUCAGCCCGGCGAACCAGUCACGAGCGGUACUCAGCCCGGCGAAGUAGUCACUACACAACAGAAUACACCAAGCAAGUCUGGAAAAAGUGUGGAAAAAACAUCCACAAAUCAGACACUAAAAGCAAAGGAAAAGGAGGCUGGACAACAGAUAUUUUCCUAUGCCUUUAUUGCACAAUCCAAACCAGUGAUAGAAUCUAGUCUGAAGUCAGAGCCAGAGGUAGGGCCGACCGAGAGCAAGAAAACCGAGGGAGAGGAAAGCGGGAACGAGGGAAAGAAGAAGAGAAAAAGAAAUCGAAGGAAAAGAAAGAAAAAGAAAGGAGAGAAUCCAGAGGCAGCAGAGGAACAACCAGUGGUGGAUUCACCAGGGGUGGAGCUUUACUUCCAUGAUGAGGAGGAAUUUCCAGACCUAGGAGCUGGGCAGGAUAGAGUGGGCUCAGCACAGAGACCACCUUCUGUCUCCUACAGCUCAGUCCUGUCACAGACUAAAACAUCACCACAAAAAAAUGGUCAGAAGAGGCAAGAAGAACUAAACUCACGAUCAGAAAUAGAUCCUUCGGGGGACCCUAUGCGUAACUCUAGACGGCGCAGGAAAAAGAUUGAGAUAGUACAGCAGGCGGCAGAGGAGGAGCUAGCAGAGAUCAGUCUGGAGCAACAGAUGCUGAGGGAGCUGAACCUCAAGUCCAGGGGGCGGGGCCACCAGACACCCAGCAUAACUCCGGGGGGUCAGCCCCGGGGUCACCAGACACCAACCUUAACAACUCCGGGGGGUCAGCCUCGAACAUCCAAGACAGGCAGUCCACAGCCAGGAAUACUGAAAGUGCCAGCUCAAAACCAACCCACGGGAAAGAAAACAAAGCAGGGGAUCUCACUAGAUCUCAGUGCUAUGAUUGAUGCUCUAGAGAAAAAGAAACCAGAGGCAAAGAAACCAGUUGAUCAAAAGGUCACCAAGUCCACAGAGGUCAAAGCUAAGGAAAAUAAGAAGCCUGGAGUGGGACACAAUUUAUUGGACUCUUCAGCUCCCCAGAAGAGGGGCAAGGAGAGAGAAAAUCCUAAAGCCAAGAAACCCAGCUCCCUUAAAAAGGUAAUCUUAAAAGAGAGAGAGGAGAAGAAGAAAAUGAGGCUUCUAGAUGAUACAGAGUCAGCUAAUAAUGGUGUUUCACUGGGCAUUGGAGUUGUAUCAGGGAAUGAGAGUGACAUGUCACAAGAUGCAUUUAGCUCCAAAGGAUCAGUGGUGGAUUACACAGGCACGGGGACCCCUGCCAGUAAUGACCUGUCCCCCAUCAGCCAAACCUCCCCUAUCAGUAUGAGCCCCCUGUCCCCCGGGGUCAGCCCACAAAGCUCCGAGGUAAACAGCCCCAUAGCAGGGACCAUUGGUAAAGAGGUCCGCAUGAAGAUCCACAGCAGGAGGUUCAGGGAGUACUGUAACCAGGUCCUCAAUAAGGACAUUGACAGCUGCUGUACCCAUCUCUUACAGGAUCUGGUCCGCUUCCAGGACAGAAUGUACCACAAGGACCCGGUCAAGGCCAAAACCAAGAGAAGAAUUGUGUUAGGUCUGAGGGAAGUUACCAAGCACCUGAAACUGAACAAAAUAAAGCUAGUCAUCAUUUCCCCAAAUCUGGAGAAAAUUCAAUCUAAAGGUGGACUGCACGAUGCCUUAAACAACAUUUUAAACUUGUGUAAUGAUCAGAAUGUUCCAUUUGUGUUUGCCCUGGGGCGGCGUGCUCUUGGUCGAGCCUGUGCUAAACUGGUUCCCGUCAGUGUUGUUGGAAUCUUUAAUUACAGUGGAACUGAGGAGAAUUUCCAUAACCUGAUGGAGCUGUCGGAGCAGGCCAGACAGUCAUACAAGGAGAUGGUGAAUGUGAUUGAGCGCGAGAUCAGGGACUACCCCACCCUGGGGGCGGCUGCGGCUGUCCCCCACAUCUACGCUCACAUGGGACACUCCCGGACCCCCUCCGGAGCCAGUGUGCUCAGCUUCACUAGCAGUCUGCUGUCUGAGCCUAUAUCUGAGAAUUAUCCCCACUCUGAGCCAGAAACAGACUCGGCAGGAUAUGAGCUCCCUAGAACCAAGAACAAUCCUCCGGCCCCGAUCAGUCGUGAGUCCAUACAAGCAGCGUAUGAGUCACAGAUGAGACUUAUUUACCCCCAGCUGGAUGUUGACGAGGGUAAUGAAGCAGACACAGAGGAAGGGGUCACUAAAGGUCAUCACCAUGACGAAGGUUCAUCAGACAGUGAUCCAUCAUCAGAGGAGGAUACAAUGAAAGCCUUGCCUCAUAUAGACUCCAUUCACAGCAGUACAUACGACCUAAGCACUGAGAUCCUGUCUCAGAACUCAGGACGAACAGUCGAUAACUGUGACGCUAUUUCCACUCAUUCAUCUCGAACACUUGGUGAUGGUAGCUCCACUCUUCUGGCUGACCCUGGUGAAAGAUCAAGACAUGGGACACCCAAAAGUACAGAGAGUCCAAGUAACACUCUACAGCGAGGGAAAGUGAUCGACUCGGAGAGAAUCCAGAACUGGGUGGAUCAAACCAAGUCCCGCUUAGAGGACCUCCGACAUCUGCAGGAAAAUUCAGAGACAAGCAGCGAGGAGGAUAGCAGUGAGGAGGAUACUGUAGAUGAACUCAAUCUGUCAUCGGACAGAAGUCAGUGUGAUAAGGCGCUGUGUGGGACAGAACCUAAGGCUGAUCAGACACCAUGUGGGAUAGAACCUAAGGCUGAUCAGACACCAUGUGGGAUAGACUCAGCGGAAGACAAGACACAGUGUGAGGCAGAACCUAAGAGUGAAAAGACACCAUGUGUAUCAGACCCAAAGUGUGAAACUACAAAAUGUGAAUCAGACCCCAAGAGUGAAAUUAGAAAAUGUGAAUCAGACCUCAAGAGUGAAAUCACAAAAUGUGAAUCAGGUCCCAAGAGUGAAAGUAAAAAAUGUGAAUCAGACCUCAGUAGUGAAAUCAAAACAUGUGAAUCAGACCCAAAGAUUGAAAUCACAAAAUGUGAAUCAGACCCCAAGAGUGAAAUCACAAAAUGUGAAUCAGACCCCAAGAGUGAAAUCAUAACAUGUGAAUCAGACCCUAAGAGUGAUAUGAAUCCCUGUAAAACAGACCCUGGGGGGAAUGAGGUGGAUGUUUCUGAUGUUAUGUGCCAUGAUAACGAUGAGAAGGUGCUGAGUACUUCAGCAGACACUGAAAACAAAGAGUGUAAACCAGAGACAGACAACAUACAGACUACAGGUUCACUGUCCUGACAUUGGGCAGUGGUCAUUUUAACAACUCUUAUCUAAUCAACUCUUAUCACAGCUAAUUGAAAUGCAAUAUACUGUUUAACUAAAGAAAAUCUUUUUGAAAUAAGUAUAGACUCUAAGUCUACGAAAAUCAGGAGUAUUUUUACCAUCUUUGACCUUUCUGUAUAUUAAAGGGGCAAAAGCAGACUUGCAUGUUAUUUGGUUUGCAAUUUUGAAUUAAUUUUGAUUUAUUUGAAAAUUAGCUUUAGUUCAAUACUUAAUGACGACAGUGUUCUUUGUAACCUUACAGAAAACACCUAAGUUUGUAAACACUGACUCAAAAUGAACUCAUCUAAUCACAGAUUUAACUAAGGGUGAUCUUUUUUGAUACAAGUCUACAAAAACCUUGCAUGAUCUUACUGUAUAUUUUU